AUGGAACUCCAAGUCAUCCUCGUCGUCUUCGUCGUGCAGCUUCUGCUGUCCCUCAUCAGCUCCAUCGGCGCACAGGCAGUCAAUGACCUGGCAUGGUGGAUGUUCACCAAACUCCCCAACAAGCAGGCCGCGCAAUCCAAAGAAACCGUCGAGCUCCGAAAUGAGGUCAUCCGACUCCAGCGCGAGAUGAUAGGCGUCUCGGCGCAAGACAACUUCGCAAAGUGGGCAAGAUUGAGGAGAGAGCACGACAAGGCGAAGGAGAAGUACGAGAAGCAAGCCCGCGACCAACAAUCCUUCCGCGCGACCUUCGACAGCAUCGUCUCGAAACUCCGCUGGGUCGGCACUCAAGGCGUCAACUUCGUUCUGAAUACCUGGUACGCGAAGCAGCCCAUGUUCUGGCUGCCUCAAGGCUGGGUACCCUACCAAGCCGAAUGGAUCCUUUCCCUGCCCCGCGCCCCGCUUGGCAGCAUUUCGGUCAACGUCUGGGCGAUCGCGUGCGGCAGUGUCAUAGGAAUGAUCUCUGAGGGCAUCAUCGCGCUGUGGACGUUGAGCCAUGGAUCCGUCAAGACGGGGCCGAACAAGGGCGAGAAGCUGAAGAUGGAGAAGCCGAUUGCGGUGAAGAAGGAGCUGUAA